AUGGUAUUACAGCAGCAAUACCGUGAAAGGGGUUAUAAAAAGUAUUCUGAAUUGAUCUCAUGCCUUCUCGUGGCUGAGCAACAUAAUACCCUUUUGCUGAAAAAUCAUGAAGCCCGUCCCACAGGGUCAGCUCCGCUUCCUGAAGCGAAUAUGACAGCUAGACGUGAUAAGUCUGGAAAAAGGCAGAAUAAUAAUCAUGGUCAUAUGAAUGUACGUGGGCAUGGCAAUGGUAAGAGACGAUAUAAUAGUCGUCGUCGUGGUGGUCAUGGCAAACGAGAGAACAAUAUGGGUUCUCAAAACAAUCCUUCAAGAGGCAAAAGCAGUAACUGCCACCGCUAUGGCAUGAAAGGUCAUUGGAAAAUUGAAUGUCGUGCACUUGAGCAUUUUGUCAGGCUUUAUCAAAACUCCAUCAAAAGAAAGGCAAAUAAUGUUGGAGCAUCUUCUGCUAAUGCCCCAGUGGAGUCUCACUUGACCUUUAAAAAUAAUUUUGAGGCAGGGCCUUCAAACAAAAAUGAUGACAAUGCCGAGGCAAAUCUUGCUUUGAAUGAUGAUGAUUUUCAAGGCUUUGAUGAUCUUACUCAUUUGGAAGUUGAAGAUUUCUUUGGAGAUCAAAACUAA